GCCCAACCCCUGUCUACCCCGGUCUGGCCUCUUUGUUCUUUCCUUCCCAAUAUACCCCUCCUCUGUUAAAUGCCUCUCUCACGGUCUUCUUGACACUCCCAUUAGACAAAACCCCCCUCUGUUUUCAUUUAGAAUACAUGACAGUUUUUUUAUGUUUGUUUUUCAGAAAAAAAAUAUAUGCAACAAAACUAGAGCUUCCCCUUCUCAUAUUCUACUUCUACACAGAGACAAAAGUGCUUCCUCUUUUGUGUUGUUUGUUUCUGUUGCUUUCAUCGACCUGCAAAGCAAAGCCACACAAGAUGAGCUCACAUUCCAUCUGAAAACACCAGAAAUCCGUAGCUCUCGGGAACCCGUUUGUUAUAUGCAUGUGCUGCUACACCUAUUGAUUAUUUGCCGUCAUUCAGUGUUGGGGUUUUCUUAGCAAGAAAAGGACCAUAAACCAACCAAUUCUGCAUGUAACUUCUUGUUUUUGGAGAGUUUUAGCCUAACAAUCAUGUUUUCUUGAAACCCGAAACCAGAUUUACACUGUGCGGUGGUGGUCGUGUGGGAUUUAAUGGAGCUGCAGAGGCCAAGCAAGUACUUCUGAGAUGGACCCAAGACCAUUUAUGAUACUACAAUGCUGCUUUUGAAGCUCUGAGAGAGAGAGAGAGAGAGGGAGGGGGUUGUUUGAGGAGUUUAGUGCUGGUUUGGGUUAAACUUUGAAGCACCUUUUCCCCUGUUGUACUACUUUUUUUUUUCUUUUUCCAAAUGGGUUUCGGUUUCUUUGUUUCCCUACUGGUGUUUUCACUUUUCUUGAAGCCUUUGGCUUGUCAACAACCCAAUACAGAUGGGUUCUUUGUCUCUCAGUUCGUGCAAAAGAUGGGCUUGUCCUCUUCUCAGCUCUACAACUUCUCUGCUCCUGUUUGCUCAUGGAAAGGAGUAUUCUGUGAUGCAAAAAAGGAAUAUGUUAUUGGCUUAGAUGUUUCUCGUUCGGAACUCUCUGGUUCUAUCCCUGAUACCACUAUUGGAAAGCUCACCAAGCUCCAGACUUUGGCACUUAGCAACAACAAAAUCACUGGUCUUCCUUCAGAUUUGUGGAGUCUAGGCUCACUCAAGUACCUUAAUCUCUCCCAUAACCAGAUUUCUGGGUCCUUGCCAAACAACAUUGGCAACUUUGGUCUACUUGAAAUCUUCGACCUUUCCAACAACAAUUUCUCUGGUGAAAUUCCUGCUGCUAUAAGCUCCCUCGUCAGUCUGCGAGUUCUUAAACUCAGCCAAAACUGGUUUGAAAAGAGCAUCCCAUCAGGAAUUGUGAGUUGCCAAUCUUUGUUUUGGAUUGAUCUCUCAUCGAAUCGGUUAAAUGGGUCUCUUCCAGAUGGUUUUGUUGCUGCAUUUCCUAAGCUCCAAAUAUUGAAUCUUGCUGGAAAUGAGAUUUCUGGCAGGGACUCCGAUUUCUCAGAGAUGAAAUCCAUUACUUCUCUUAAUAUUUCCGGGAAUAUGUUUCAGGGUUCGGUAGUAGGUGUCUUUAACGAGCUGUUGGAGGUGGUUGACCUGAGCAGAAACCAGUUUCAAGGUCACAUUUCUCAGGUACAAUUCAAUACUAGCUACAAUUGGUCUCAUUUGGUUUAUUUAGACCUUUCUGAAAAUCAGCUUGGCGGAGAAAUUUUACAUAAUUGGAAUCAAGCCCAGAAUCUCAAACACCUUAACCUAGCAGACAAUAGAUUUUCAAGGCAGGAAUUCCCAAGAAAUAUGGAAAUGCUUUUGGGUUUGGAAUACCUUAAUUUGUCUAAAACUAGUCUUACGGGUCGCAUUCCUGCUGAGGUUUCCAAAUUGAGUAACUUGAAUACACUUGAUCUUUCUCAGAACCAUCUUAUAGACCACAUUCCAUUACUCAGUAUAAGAAAUCUCCAAGUUUUUGAUGUUUCAUUCAACAACUUGAGUGGAGAAAUCCCUGCAUCUCUCUUGGAGAAACUCCCUUGGAUGGAGAGGUUCAACUUCUCUUACAAUAAUUUGACACUUUGUGCUUCUGAAAUCUCCCCUGAAACCCUCCAAACAUCUUUCUUUGGUUCAUCAAACAGCUGCCCCAUUGCAGCGAACCCGGUACUUUUAAGAAGACGAGCCACCAAGGACAAGCACAAGGGACUAAAGCUUGCUUUGGUUUUGACCUUCUCAAUGGUAUGCUUGCUUGCUGGUUUGCUAUUUCUAGCAUUUGGUUGCAGAAGGAAAACCAGAAUGUGGGAAGUAAAACAACCCUCAUACAAGGAAGAGCAAAAUAUAUCAGGCCCCUUUUCAUUCCAGACUGAUUCAACUACAUGGGUUGCGGAUGUUAAGCAAGCAACUUUGGUCCAUGUAGUAAUUUUUGAGAAGCCAUUGCUGAAUUUCACAUUCUCAGAUCUCUUAUCUGCAACUUCAAAUUUUGACCGGGGAACCCUUUUGGCUGAAGGGAAAUUUGGGCCUGUUUAUAGAGGAUUUCUUCCAGGUGGAAUUCAUGUAGCAGUGAAAGUUUUGGUCCAUGGUUCUACAUUGACAGACCAGGAAACUGCAAGAGAGUUUGAGUAUCUUGGUCGAAUCAAACACCCCAAUCUUGUUCCAUUGACUGGAUAUUGUUUAGCUGGGGACCAAAGGAUUGCUAUCUAUGAUUACAUGGAGAAUGGGAACCUUCAGAAUUUGCUUUAUGACUUGCCACUUGGGGUUCAGACAACAGAGGAUUGGAGCACAGAUACAUGGGAAGAAGAUGAUAACAAUGGCAUUCAAAAUGUUGGUUCUGAAGGGUUGUUAACAACUUGGAGAUUCCGUCACAAAAUUGCACUUGGCACUGCGAGAGCAUUAGCAUUUCUACACCAUGGUUGCUCACCUCCAAUUAUUCAUAGAGACGUUAAAGCUAGUAGUGUUUAUCUGGAUUAUAACUUGGAGCCAAGAUUAUCUGAUUUUGGACUGGCUAAGAUUUUUGGCAAUGGUUUAGAUGAAGAGAUCUCUCGAGGGUCACCGGGGUAUCUGCCGCCUGAGUUUUCUCAGCCAGAAUAUGAUACUCCAACACCAAAAUCUGAUGUAUAUUGCUUUGGAGUUGUUCUCUUUGAGCUGAUUACUGGGAAAAAGCCAAUUGGUGAUGAUUAUCCUGAGGAGAAAGAUGCAACUUUGGUGAGCUGGGUUAGAGGAUUGGUUAAAAAGAACAGAGGAGCAAGCGCUAUUGACCCAAAAAUUCGUGAUACAGGACCAGAUGACCAAAUGGAGGAGGCGCUCAAGAUUGGAUAUCUGUGCACAGCUGACCUUCCCUUAAAGCGACCGAGCAUGCAUCAGAUAGUCGGUCUUCUUAAAGAUAUGGAACAAACAGGUAACCAAUGAAGAACAAAUUAAGCUGAAAAAGGAAAAUGUGGGAGUUUAUUCUUUAGCUUUUCUUUCCUAUUUGUUUUUGUUCUUGUUGGCUGUUAUGGAUUCUUUUUUUGCUUCCAUGGGAAAUUGUACAGUAGCCCUGGAAAUUCAGUUUGGACUUUUGAUGUCGGUUCUCUUUGUGUUGUCAUUGUUUUG